AUGGAGGUUACAGUGUACAUAGACGACGUGUUGUUAUUCGCGGACACAAUCGAGGAGCUGAGGAAAACGGUUUCACAGGUUUUGCAGAUAUUGCGUGCGAAUAAUCUCUCAUUGAACAACGAUAAAUGCCAGUUCGAUCGUACUCACAUCACGUUUUUGGGUCACGAAAUCGAUGAGAACGGUUUCCAUAUCGAGGAAACGAAGGUAAUUUCCUCGCUGGAAUCAGGAAAGUGGCUCAAGCAUUUGCUGAAGUUCAAGGCAGUUGCACACGAACUUCAGUAUUCAAACGGGAUACUGCGCAAAAACGGGUGUGCGGUCAUCCCUCACAAUUUGCGUGACAAAGCACUCGAAGUAGCACACUCGGGUCAUCCAUUGGAAGCAAAAUUUAAGAGCAUCUUGAGGAGACGCGUUUGGUGGCCAAAAAUGUCGAGCGACGCAGAAAAGUGGGUAAAAUCGUGUGCUGCUUGUGCGGUGAAUGGACGACCAGAGAGACCGACUCCUAUGCAGAGAUCCUUCGCUCCCAAGGCUGUUUGGGAGACGAUUGCGCUCGACUUCAACGGACCGUACUUGAAAUUCGGAAACAUCAUGAUUCUGGUGGUGAUUGAUCUGAGAUCGAGAUAUGCAAUUGCGCGUCCUGUUAAGUCGACAAAAUUCGAAUACACAAAAGCAGUGCUGGAUUCCAUUUUUGAGAGGGAGGGUUUUCCGAGAGCCAUCAAAUCGGACAAUGGACCUCCAUUCAACGGAGACGAAUAUUCACGUUACUGUAACGAACGUGGCAUUCAGGUCAUAUUCUCGACCACAUUUUACCCACAGCAAAACGGGCUAGUGGAGGGGUUCAUGAAAGUUGUCAACAAAGCUAUGUGCACUGCAGUGUCUACAGGCAACAACUAUAUCGACGAAUUGCAAGCUGCAGUGAAAGCGUAUAAUGCCGCAGAUCACACAAUCACCAAAGUUCCGCCCGAGGAAGUUCUUACGGGGCGUAAAAUCAAGCGUGGGUUGCCACUCCUACGUCACGGGGAGUCACAACACGACGCAGACGUGCUGGAUACCCGUGAUCGUGAAGCAAAAUUGCAGUCCAAGGAUCGGGAAGAUUCUCGUCGUGGUGCCAAGGCCUGUCGAGUGAAGCCGGGUGACUCAGUGAUCGUGGAACGCCAGUUGAGGACGAAGGGCGAUAGUAGAUUCGGGAUGAAGCGAUUUGUUGUAUCCGAGGAACGCAACGGGAGUCUGAUUCUUUGUGAUCCAGAAGGUCAACAGCUUAGACGUCAUGUGUCCCAGACAAAAAAGGUCGGCGUGUGGCGGGAGCAGAAAACAGCGGGUGUUCAGGUUGAAAGUCCAGGAAUAGCCUCCAACAGUGACCCAAAUCAGCGUCCAGCGAGAGAGAAAAGGACACCAUCCUAUCUCUCUGAUUACAUCCGUUUGGUUGAUGAGCAUCCACUCGACCUGAGCAAGAAAGGGAAGAAUUAG